AUGAGUUCUGCAAAAGGUCUCAACACUCUUACACAGAUCAAAACCACCAUCAACGAUGGUCCAAGAUUGAAGGAAGAAGAUCAACCUUUGAGCCCUAUGUCAAGAUUGUUCCAUGAACCUGGUUCCAAUGUCUACAUCAUAACCAUGAUGGGGUGCAAGACCAAGAUCAACCCUGCUGUCGUCAAACAAAAUCUUGUUCAUUCUCUCCUUCGACAUCCUAGGUUCUCAAGCCUGCAGGUCGUCAACAAAGAAACCGGAAGCUUCAUAUGGGUUCCAACAAACGUGAACAUUGACAACCAUGUUAUAGUCCCGAAAAUAGAACCGAAUAUUGCAUUCCCAGACAAAUUUGUCGAUGACUACAUCUCAAACCUUAGCAGAUCUCCAAUCGAGAGUUCAAAGCCUUUAUGGGAUCUGCACCUUCUUGACAUCAAGACAACCAAUGAUGAAGGGACCGGUGUUUUUCGCUUCCAUCACUCCUUAGGCGAUGGUUUGUCUUUGAUGACACUUUUUCUUGCUUGUACACGAAAAUCAUCGGAUCCUGAUGCUUUGCCAACGCUUCCCGUCUACAAAGAAUCUAGUUACAUCAAAUUUUCUACUGUCGGGUCGGUGCUAGAAAUGUUUUGGAACUCCUUUGUUUCCGUUGUCAUGUUUGUGUUCACCGUGUUUUUCCUUAAAGACACCGAAACACCACUGAAAGGCCCUCUAGGCGUAGAGAAUAGACCUAGACGUUUUGUUCGCAAGAGCGUGAACUUAUCUGACAUUAAGGUGGUAAAGAAGGUCAUGGAUGUGACAUUGAAUGAUGUAGUGCUUGGAGUUACUCAAGCAGGUUUAUCACGCUAUCUAAAUCGUAGAUACAAUACAAUAACUUUAUUGGAGUCACUACGCAAGUCCUAA